GAAUAUAGGAUGGUCAAGUUCUUGUCUUUUGAUUUGUUCGAUAGCCAGAACUUGCUACCAUCAGAGAAUGAUGAUGCAAUGGAGCCAUUGGAUGUAGUGCCAGCACUCAAUGACUUCUUGGUCAGUACAAAGUCGGGAACGAUAUUACAUUAUGCGAUCGGUGCCACGGAGAGCACCGUGUUGAACAGGUUCACUACGCAGAACAGCCACAUAAUGUCGUUGCACUACGUGCCUGCCAACGAUUCGAUCCUGACGCUGGAGCGAGACACUGACGCCUCAAAGAUCUACGUCGUGCGACUCUACCAGAAUUGGCGACAGAACCAAUCGUUUGAGGAUGCCAACAACGCACUCUCAUCAAGCCCCAUGUCGACGGGCGGUGGGGCCCACAGCCACCUCACGUCCUCGUCGCCGCAUCUGAGCGGCGGACACUCGUCGGGCCAGAACAGUCCGCACAAGGACCACACGUCGACACUGCCCACCGUGCUCAAGAUACCCCUGCCGUCGUCGGCCAUUGCCAUCAACGUGUGUCCCGUUACCAGCAGAGUGGUCGUGGCCACUGAGAAGUCGGUGAGUGUCUGGAGCAGCGUCAGUACGGGCGGACUUUUCAUCACCUACUUUGAGCGCAUCCUCGACAUUGAUGCAGAGAACGUCAGGCAUGUGUCCAUUCACGAAGGAUUCGUAGCCUAUGCCACCAAGAUCGAUGUCAAGAUCCUCUCGCUCAACAUCCUCAACGUCGACUCUGAUCACAACAGGAUCUCGCCAUCUGCGUCGGGCAACGCCACCACUGAUCAAAAGAACAUCAAGAUGCGAUGUGUCUUCUCCACGCAGAAGGAGGGCUUCCUCUACAACAUCUCCAAGCCCGGCUUGCUUGCCUCCUACCUCUACGCGAAUGAGACUCUGAUGUGCCAGGCCAGCCACUGCUUCCUCUACACGGUCACCACAGCAGGUCUCCAGACAUGGUCACUGCGAUCAUGUGAUGGUGCCGACGACGGAAGCGACGGCCACACGCCCUGCGGCUUUGGUCUGCGAACAUUCUUUGGUCUAAACAAGCUGGCAGUCAUUGGCGACUACAUUGUACUACUCUCCAAGAUGACGCAGGACCAGGUGGCCGAGAUGAGCGGUCCAGGAGGCAUGCUGCGGUCGCCCUCACGUAUACUCUCGCCCAAGAAGACGCUGAAUGAGGUGAAGCUCGACAAGAUCAUGUGGGCUGUGUACGUGGUGCACCACACUCCCCUCCAGUCACUAUAUGGCCAGAUCCUAGAGUAUGCCACCAAGAUCAAAGAGAAGGACGAGGACGUCUAUCAUCAGCUGCUGCUCGAGGGACACUUCUUGCUGCAGGCCAAACUGUCCAACCAGUUCCGAUCCAAUCCAAACAUGAAUGAUGUGGCUUCGAUGGUCAACCACGACGUUGAGCGCAAGAACUUUAGGAAGCUGCUUAGAAAGUCGUCGUCCUAUCUUGGCCAAUACUUCCUCAACAGCCAACAGGACUACAUGAGAGCUGCCCUCUGGUUCAGCACAAGCGACACAGACAUUGAGUUGGUAUUCAAUCUCUUGUCCCAAAAUACCAGUUCACACAAGGCACUUAGCUACUACUUGAAGCAAGUGUUGUUUAAUCCAUCAUCUGUUGAGUUCUUAGCCGACAAAGAAGACCUUAGCAAUAAGAUACUUAGACAUUAUCAUUCAGAGAGCCCUCACAACUUGGCCUACCUCAUUUUGGAAUCAUCAGUGUCGUCAUAUUCACAAGAGUUGGCAAUCGAGUUGCUGAAGAAUCUAUCGGAGCAAUGCGACUUUGAUAUGGAGCAGAGGAAUAUGAACUACUUUGCCCUGGGACUGCUCUACUUGGACCAGGCCAACUGUAUCGAUGAAUCCAUCUCAUCACUCAAUCAAAUACCUGUAGACUCUCUUAUCAGUCUCUGUCUAAAGAACCCCAAGCUAUUGCUGGCGCCAAACUCCAACCCAACGGCACUCGGCAAGAUACUGCGACAGACUAUCCCAUGGGGACUGCUCCAGAUCACAGUGCAGUUGGUCAAGAAGAAGGAGAUCUCGCCCGAUGAUGCAUUCAAUAUCUUGGUUCACUCGACCACCACCCUCAACGGUGGCGUGCUCAACAGCACGAUCAGCAGCUACCAUCACCAGGACUUUGACCUGGACUCACUGCUGCUCAAGGUGUAUCUGGAGUGGUUCCUUAAUGAACAGUGCAAUGACCACAUCAACAACCUCAACAACAUGACAUCGAUGACACAUUCGACCACAUCAUCUCACAACAUUCUGCUCGACCUCGUACCAGGCUUCACCAAGAACCUCAUCCAUCUCUAUGUUCUCGACAUCCACAGAUACCGUGGCGAUGACAAACAACUCUUCCAAUCAUUGAACAUCGAUGUAGCCAUGAUUGUCAACUCCACCGGACCCAAGAUAUCAUCAAGCAAACCAAACGUCAGCCAAUUGAACAACAAGAUACUCACGUAUGUUGGUAGAAGGACGAUCCCGCCCACAUCACCAUUCAUUCAUCGACUAACCACCAUCAAACAAACAAUCAAUAGUGAUGAAUACUGUAAUCAAUGGAUAUUGAACCAUCUCAAGACAUACUCCGGCAUACCUCAUUGGCUAUCUAAGCUGCCACCAUUCUCUUUGGACGCUCAGAGGAACCCGUCAGAGAAGGAGGACCCAACAUCAAAACUAUCCUCGCUGUAUUAUAGAAAGCUUCACUCGCUCCUCUACUCAACUCGCGUGCAAGACUUUGAAUUCAUGGAGAACAUCGAGACCAUCUUUAGCAACGACGUAGAGAACAUCAUGUUCAUCUCGCUCAAGCUGGCUUGUCUUCCGCUGCUCGAUCGCACUGAGGACGGCAUCAAACUGGGCGUGAACACACAGAUCUCCAUCAUGUUGGAGUAUGGCCUACACUUUUGCAAGCACAGUGAUUGGAGUGUCGUGCUGGAGCAGGUGCUCAAGCGCUACAUGGCAUCCGAGCCCAAUCAGUCAGAGGCCGUGCUCCAGGAGUACGAGAGAAUCCUCGACCACCUCACCAACUACAUGGACCCAGAGGCAUUCCUCCAGUUGUUGCCGUCCAAUGGCAAGAUGGACUACUUCCUGCCAUUCAUUGAGAAGUCCUUCCUUAAUCACCAUGCCAAGUUGCUCAAGUCCAAGCUGUCUGACUUCCUGUUGGACAUG